UCUACCGUAAUAGUAAUAGUUCCUUUAAAUUAUGUAAAUAAUUAUAAAGAAGAAAAUGAGUAGAUCAAAAAUACAAUUUUAUUGUGACUGGCAAAUGUCAGACUAAUUUAUAAAUUCGGAUAAUUUGAUUUUAAUAAUAUGGCUUAUAAUUUUAAAUCAGAAAGUGAAGUAAAAGAGUACAUAAAUAAUUUAGGAAUAGAAUACCGAUUUGGUUGUUACAGCGAAAAGAAACCAGAAGUUUGUCAUUUACUAGCAGAUUUCCUAGAAUCAAUCAAAAAAGACUUCGAAAAAGCCGGAAAAGUAUAUAAGACCAAUUGCGAUGAUUAUAAAUAUGGAAAAAGUUGUUUGAAAUACGGAACAUACAGUUUGUUAGGGAAAGGCUCAAAAAAGUCAGAUUUUAAGGUAGCAUAUGAUUAUUUCGAAAAAGGAUGUAACUUAGGAGAACCUGAUUGCUGCUUAAAUCAAGGAUUACUGUUAAUAACAAAAAGUGAGAAGCCUGUAAUCAAACAAGAUAUUAAGAAAGGGAUGGAGAUUCUGGAAAAGGCAUGUAAAUAUGAAAACGGGAAUGCUUGUUACUAUUUGUCAGGGAUGUAUAUAGUUGGAGUGAAAAAAGACAAUCUUCCUGGGACUCUCACUGAAAAAGACUACAAUCCCAAUGAUUAUCAAGUUGCUAAAGACAUGAGGAAGGCCUUUGAUUUUGCUUUAAAGGGAUGUAAUUUGGGUAAUAUGUAUAGUUGUGCAAAUUUGAGUCAAAUGUAUGCUAAAGGAGAAGGUGUCGAAAAAAGUGAACAAUUAGCCGACAAAUACAAGACUAAAGCAUUAGAAAUGCAGAAAGAUGUUCAAAGCAAUCAGACGUUAACAUUCCAAGAGGGCUUAAAACCAUCAUAA